AUGUUCUUGACCUGGGCACGGGCACGGGAAUAUGGGCGACGUGAGCAGAACUGGAUUUGGCCAAGCCUUGGGAGCCUAACUGACAUACUCUUCAGUGACUUUGCGGACACACAUCCCGCGGCGGAGGUCAUCGGUACUGACAUCUCUCCGAUUCAGCCUGGCUGGGUGCCCCCCAACUGCAAAUUCCAGAUUGAUGACUUCGAGCUUGAUUGGACGUUCCCGGCAAAUCAUUUCGACUUGAUCCACAUCCGAAAUCUAGAAGCUGGAGUCGCAGACUGGCCCAGGCUUUAUGAACAAGCUUUCAAAGCUACAAAACCGGGAGGCUACAUCGAGGUAAAGCAAAUCGACAUCGAGUACCACUCCCAGUCAGUCGAGGUCACCGAAGACCACAUCUUCCGAAGAUGGUACAAAGCCAUGACAGAAUCCACCGAUACAAUGGGAAAGACUCUGAAGAACGUCGACAAUCACGGCAUUGCUAAGGGCAUGACGGAAGCAGGAUUCGUGGUUGAAGAGGAGAAGGUAUGGAAGAUUCCCAUUGGUGGAUGGAGCAAAGACCCGGAGUUGAAGAGGCUCGGGGCGUGUACCCUUGAGUACAAUGACUCUAUGCUCGAGUCUUUUGCUCUUUACUUGUUGAAGGAGGUACUUGGCUGGGAGUACACGGAGAUCAUGGUGUUCGUCGCUGAAAUGCGGAAAGAGCUACGCGACCUCAAGAAUCAGGUGUACUAUCACUUCCACCUUGUCUACGGUCGCAAGCCCGAAGAGACUGUGGAGACACCUGCCGCCUAA